CCGAAAAAUUAUUUAUUUGCCAAUUUUCGUACAUUGACACCGGUAUCGAAAAGGAGUCAAAAGCAUAACGAUAACAAAGCUGCUCAUCAAAUGAAAACCGUUAAAGCAACUUAACUUUUUGGUAUCUAAAAUUUGUGUGCACAUUUUAACGCACGUUCACAUUUCCUGCUCUAUAACUGAUUGGCAUUCAUCACCCGUAGCGACAGCAAACAAAGCUAAACAUGGUCAUUACCAUGUAGGUGAACGAUGUCGAACACUACACCUAAAAGUUCACAUUACCGAUCCACGUAUAAUUACUUUGACGGUAUACAGAAUUGGCGGGACUGCCUCGCAAUGGGCCACUCACUGGAAGUUAAUAAACGUCGUAGCUUAAUGUGGCUUUGGCCGACGGAAAGUGAAUUACUUAAAUUUGGAGCAUUACUUGAGACGCUCAACAUAAACCACAUACUUAGUAUAGGAUGUGGAAAUGGAUUAUUUGAAAGAAUAAUACAAGAUUGUCUGGGAGUGGCAGUCAAUGGUAUUGAAGUCGAUCGAUCGUGGUGGGAAAGUAGAUAUGCAAUUAAAAGUUUUAUUAAUAUUAAUUAUUUUGACGAAGAAGAAAAUCUGAAGAAUUAUCUACAAAAGUGUUGUAACUUGGAAAAUUGGAAUUUCGCAUUGAUGUUUUGCUACUUUAACAACCGCACUGCAUUCCUUAAUUAUAUCAAAAUGUAUAAAGGAAAUACACUUUUAAUUGUUGGACCGAAAACUGGUGUUAAUGUUUACACUGAACCAUUGCCGCUUGAACCACAUUUUCCUGGAAGAAGUUGGCAAUUAAAAGCUACAUUAAACAUUGGAAACCUUGAUGUAAUAGCUUUUUAUACAAAAGACGUGCAAUGAUAAACUAAUUUACUUUAAUAAAAUAGUAUAUUAAUUAAGUAAUCAAAA